AGACUUUUCUGAUAAAGUGAUUUUAAUCACAGGUAACAUGUAUGUAUAGAUAUAAUACUGACUUCUAUAGGUGCAAGUGAUGGUAUUGGCAAGGAAACAGCCGUUGGAUUAGCAAAAAUGAAUCCUAAGAUGAUUAUUUUGGCUUGUCGUGAAUCGGAUAAGGCAAAAAGGUCAAACGAAUUAGUCUGUAGUUAUACUAAUGCCCUGUUGGAAUAUAUGGAUCUCGCUGAUCUUUCCACUGUCAAAGCAUGCGUAGAUCGACUGGUUAAUCAGAACAUCACUAUUGAUGUCUUGAUCAAUAAUGCAGGUGUAUUAACCAACCAUAAGAGUUUAACAAAAGACGGAUUUGAGAUACAGUUUGGUACCAACUAUCUAGGUCAUUUUUACUUUACUGAAUUGCUGAUAGCCAAGCAAAUCAUCAACAAAGACGCUAAAAUCAUUCAACUCUCAAGUCAUGCCAUGUUAUUUGGCCGUAUUGCGUUUGAGGAUAUCAUGUUUGAAAAGAGAUCUUAUAGUGGUUGGAAAGCAUAUACUCAAUCCAAACUGGCUAAUGUUGUCUAUGCUAACUAUCUACACAGACAAGGUUUCAAUACUUAUUCUGUUCAUCCAGGCAUGGUACGAACUAACUUUGCCAAGAAACAUUCAUUCUAUCUACUCGACAUAAUAUUUUAUCCCAUCUUUUAUCUCUUGUCUAAUUCACCAGCUCAAGGUGCUCAAACUAGCAUCUUUCUUGCCUCAACAGACCAACCCAGUGGUCUGUAUUGGAUGAAUUGUAAGCCAUUUAAUUUGUUCAAGAGCAAACAGUCUCAAGAUGAAUCUGUUCAAAACCAGCUUUAUGUAUACAGUCAAAAUGCAGUCUAUUCAGCAACAGGUGGAUCAAGCACAAUGCCUUCUUCUUCAUCUUCCUCAUCGUCUUCUCUUUCUUUGAAUCGAUGUGAUGCCAUAGGUUCAGCUUCUUUAGAUUCUUCUUCUUCCUCAUCAGAUAAUCCCAUCUCUCCUUCAUCUUCUGAAGAGAUAUAACCUCUUUCCAUGUCCAUUAAUCGCUUUUGGUCGUCCGUCUACAGAGUAUCAAAUAAAGCAACUAGCUAUCAUCUGACUUACCAGAACACUGCGCUCUUGUUCAACAGAGGCUUGGAAGUCCUUUAGACUAGUAACAAGUCGAGACAGGUUGUUUUUACGGUUUUCAAAUGCUGCUUGUUUGUUUUCUUUUUCUUUCUGUAACAGUUCAAUGUCCCUUUCGAGUUCUGCAAUUGAUCUGUAUUCGCGAUAAGUGAUACUAUCUAGCAGAUAAUAGGCUUACUCAUUAUAAGUAUCUCUUGUCUCGUAAUUCAUGAUUUCUCUGGCUACACGAUCAUAUUCUAAUUUCUGAUCUCUCACUCUUUGUGCCUCAAUCAAAUCUGUCUUGAGCACAGUGAUAUCUGCUCCAGCUUGGGAUUGUAUUAUAGCUAUACAUGCGAAUAAGAUAGUCUGUUAUCAAAGAAG